AUGGGUCUUUCCAUCGACCAAGUAGAAGCCGAGGACCCCUUGCAUCCACCACACCUCGCCUGUCCCGCGAAUGUGCUGCUGUUCCGCCGAGUGCUCGGCACAGAUCCCAAGACUGGGCAGAUCCCACCCCAGAUGCAGAUCAAGGUGGCAGAAAGACUGGCCUACAUCGAGAAGUUGGAGCAGGUUAGACAACAGAUGAUCCAGGAGCAGGCGCGCAAGCACGAGCAGUACAUGAACGACAUGUACUUCUGA